UCCGAGUCCAGCUUCGAAAAGUAGGCGUUCCUGAUCGAUUCUUUAUUAAACGUACGCGUCGAAGGUUUUAUAUUUUUGUCUUCAUUCGUAACUCCUCUUCUUUCAAUACACCGCGCGCUCACGUAUCGUGACCGGAGUGGUGUCGCGAGUUAGUGUUGGUUUUAUUAAUGAUUAGUGAAUUAAUUUCGCUCACGGUGAACCACCCGAAUGCUAACAACCAGACGAAUAUUAUCGAAAAGCGGGAGAAGAAGCGUUGAACCGGCUAGGUGGGCUCAGUGCGUUAGUGUAGUGUAAGCGGGAAUCACGGAAAAAUACUGGUUUUCUAUUACGAACAGUUAACCAAAUAUCUAGUGCAGUAAAAACAAUAAUAGUUUGACAAAAAAAAACAUGCUGAACUGUUAAACAGCACAAGCAAAACCACCUGUAAAACAUAUGAGUCAAGGGAAGUACAUUCACUGAUAAUUCAAGUGGUCAUGACAGUGAUUUAUGUGCAUCAUUUGAUAAUGGUAACAUUUUAUGUUGUCAUUGGGUGUAAGUGAACGUGCCGAAAACUUACCGACAGUUACACAAGUUCAAAAAUUCAUGACAAAAAAUAAACUUCACAGCAAAAUGUUUACGCAAGUUGAAGUUUUUGGCGUUCUAAUAGUAGCUGUUCUACAGAUCUUGAUCAACCUUGAUGGAAGCUUAGGCUGUUUACCUUACAUGCCGAGAGAAACAUGGGAUGCCAAGCCGCCAAAAAGUGUAGAAAAAUUCUCCGGACUUAUUCCGUUCGUGAUCAUUCACCACUCGUACGAACCCGGUGCCUGUUUGACCGGUGCAGAUUGCCGCAAUGCUAUGCUGAGUAUGCAAAAGUUUCACCAACAGGAUCGAGGUUGGAAUGACAUCGGAUACACUUUCGCCAUCGGUGGCGAUGGACGAAUUUACGAAGGCCGAGGAUUCAACGUCAUCGGAGCUCAUGCCCCUCGGUACAACGAUAAGAGUGUUGGAAUCUGUAUGAUUGGUGACUGGAGAUAUGAACUGCCUUCGGAUGAUAUGAUCACCGCUGCCCAGACCUUAAUCGAGUACGGUGUACGAAAUAACAUCAUAGCUUCUAACUACACACUAAUCGGUCAUCGUCAGGUAAGACCUACGGAAUGUCCAGGCGAUAGACUAUUUCAGGAGAUUCAGAGCUGGCCCCAUUACUCGCCUAUGUUGGACGUUGUGGAUCCCAACAGUAUUAAAACGUCUGACUGAAUAAAACCAAACUUAUUA